AAAUGGAAUGUUUUCAGUAUGUCUGUCUAUCUGUAUUGAACAUUCAAAACGAGAGGAAGUUCCCACGUGGUGUAAAUUUUAUUUGUAGAAUAUUUAAUUCGUAAAUUUUGAAAAAUAAUAUGUUGAAAGUCGAGUGGGCACCAAUAAAUGUCCCUUUGGAAAGGAGAAUACAAACUUUUACAACUGCGGUUUAUAUAUUCCUUGCUUAUGGUGUUUGUUUAGCUUCACAUUGCUACUACAUAUUCUUGCUGAUAUUUGGAAAUUAUUAUCUGAAAGCUCUGUUAAUUGCAUACGGAAUCUGGAUUUAUUUCGACAAGGAAAAGUCUGAAAAUGAAGUCAGAGGCUCAGGAUGGAGAUGGAUGAGAGAUAAUUUCUUUUGGAAACAUUUUCGGGACUACUUUCCAGUGGAACUUGUGAAAACCGAAGAACUACCACCAAACAGGAACUAUCUUCUAGCAUGCUAUCCACAUGGAGUAGCUGGAAUUGGUAUCUUCACAAAUAUGGGAGUGGACAUUUCGAAAUGGGAUGAACUAUUUCCAAAAGUUCGUCCAAAAGCAGGAACUUUGGCAUUUCAAUUUAGUACACCAUUUUGGCGUCAUAUUGUCAAGUUAUGGGGCUUAAUAUCGGUGACAAGGAAAUCUCUUUUAAACAAUUUGACAACUUCACAUGAUCCCAAUGAUCCAUUAAAUGCUGCUGAUGGAUAUACUGCAUCAGCUGUUGCAGUGGUUGUAGGUGGAGCACGGGAAGCCCUCGACUCGAAACCUGGCAAAUACAUCAUUACAAUUAAAGAGCGAAAAGGUUUCGUAAAAUUAGCCAUGCAAGCAGGUGCUGCCAUUGUGCCAGUAUUUUCAUUUGGUGAAGUUGAUGUAUUUGAUCAAUUGGAUAAUCCACCAAAUUCAUUUGUUAGAAAUAUGCAAUUGAUGGUGAAAAAAGUCACUGGCAUUGCUCCGUUAAUUAUUUUGGGUAGAGGAUUUUUCCAAUACAAUAUUGGCAUGCUACCGCAGCGUAGGCGUAUUGUACAAGUUGUUGGCGCUCCAAUUGAUGUACCAAAAUCUGAUAACCCGAAAAAAGAAGACGUUGAAAAGUAUCAUCAGAAAUUUAUGGACGAUUUGAAUGCACUAUUUGAAACACAUAAGGCUAAAUAUAUUCCAGAAUCAGAAAAGAUAUUUUUAGUAAUGAAAUAAGUUUAAGGAAAUUAAGUAGAACUUUAAGUGGGGUUAGUUUUUUUAUACGUUAACAGAUUUUGUAAAUAAAAAUACUUUAGAAAAGAAAUUA